UUUGCCCCCUGAUGUCUGCCCUGCAUUGCCAUUUACAGCGACAGAUAACACAAGACAAACUGAUAGUGGGGGCAGUCGCGAAGGUGAACUUAGACUUACGAGAAGGUGGCACUUCUAAAGAGAAACGUUUGCUUCAGGGCGAGAUGCUCUUCAGCUUCUUCAGUUUUCUACUCGCUGGCAUCAGCAUUGGCCCGGUACAAUGUUUGACAUGCCUUGAUUGUACGAAUGUACAAAGUCCUCAAGACUGCAUACAUGCGACGGAAUGUCAGCAUGGCGAGGUUUGCCAUGUUCACAGGUCAACAAAUCAAUACGGAGAUGCUGUGUUUAACGUUGGCUGUGUACACCCAUCGCAAUGUCAACGCCACACCAUGGAAAUCUCACAACUAGUCGGAAGAUCGAUCUACGAUGACACAAGGUCGCUGGCUGAGACCGUUUGUCAGAAAUGCUGUGAUGACGAUCUGUGCAACGAUCAUUGUGACGUUGGAUACUGCAGUCCGGAUCCCUGUGAAUUUGGGACUUGCAUCAGCACGAAAACUGGCUACAAAUGUUUGUGUGACCAGUAUCACAUAGGGGUCAAUUGCUCAGCUGAUGUUGGCAAGUGUCCAAACGGUUGGGAGCAGCGCCCCAAAAGUGACGACUGCUACCUGAUUACUGACAACACGGACCAUCGCAAUAGAGACGACGCCAGUGCUGAGUGUCAGAAGCAGCAGGGCCAUCUGGUGAAGGUGGACUCCAUCGAGGAAAGGGACUGGCUACGUCAAAAGAUGGACUACCUGCGCCAGACCCAAGGGCUGUUCCACUUCUGGGUGGGGCUCAGUAAUCGGCCCCGGACAGACAACACGGGGUUCAAGUGGGAGGAUCAGACCUAUCUCGAUACGAGCAUCCUACCCUGGAGGCCAGAUCAGCCCGACAACAAUUACGGUUUGGAGCACUGCGGGGACCUGUGGAACGGGGAACUGAACGAUAACAACUGCAACGAGCAAUACCCGUACAUCUGCGAGAUGUAUUUGAGCCCGCCGCAGAACCUAUCAAGUACAUAUGUACCGAUACUGAACACAAGCACCUCGCCGACGGGCACUCCCUCCACGUCCACAGCGCCCCCUACACCUGAUGUUUGCAAGUGUCCAAACGAUUGGGAGCAGCGCCCCGGAAGUGACGACUGCUACCUGAUUACUGACAUUAAGGACAUGCGCGAUCACGAUGGCGCCAGUGCUGAGUGUCAGAAGCAUCAGGGCCAUCUUGUGAAGGUGGACUCAAUCCAGGAGAGGGACUGGCUACGUCAAAAGGUGGUCAACCUGUGGCAGACCCAGAGGCUGGUCUUCUUCUGGGUAGGGCUCAGUAAUCGGCCCCGGACAGACAACACGGGGUUCAAGUGGGAGGAUCAGACAGACCUCGAUACGAACAUCCUACCCUGGAGGCCAGGUCAGCCCGACGCCGACGGUUCGGAGCACUGCGGGGACCUGUGGUACGGAGAACUGAACGAUGACGACUGCAACGAGCCUUUCCCGUACAUCUGCGAGAUACCUAAGUGUAAGAACAGAAUCUGCAAUAUCUUACAAUCAACGCUUUGGAUAGCUAGUCUGGCCUCUAGCAGCAGUCUUGACGACUUUCAUGCUGUGCAGAACAAAUUAAACUGCACUUUCGAUGCUGAUUUUUGCCAAUGGUCGCAAGUGAAGAACGAUUAUUUUGAUUGGACUCGACACACCGGAAGUACACCCACUGACGAAACUGGACCAACCACCGACCACGGUGGAUCAGGAUGGUAUCUAUUCAUCGAGACGUCGGCUCCGCGCGUACUGGACGAAGAGGCAGUUCUGAUAAGCCCUUUUAUUGAUACCUGUAAUAACGUGGCGAUGUGCUUCCAGAUGUUCUACCACGCCAACGGGGCCUCGCUGGGCGACCUGCAAGUGACUUUGGAAACAUCUGGUUACGGUAACAGCACUGUGCAGGAAUUUUCCGGACCCCUGAAUAGCAGCGACACCUGGGAAAGGCUUGCGUUCACAAUUAACCCGAUCCCUAAAUUCCAGAUUAGAAUCAGAGGGACGGUUGGCAACGGUUACCUUGGUGAUAUCGCCAUUGAUGACGUCUCUGUGACGCCAGGAGAGUGUCCACCGUAAACAUGUAUUCAUCGACAUAAUUAUUUCGAAAAUAAUGGCUAUUUAUGAGUGUAACUUAAAUUCAAUAUUUUAAAUGCUUUGGUAAAUUA